AUGGCGCUCCUCGAAGGCCGGCUCCUCUUCACAGCCGUAACCAUUCUCACCUGUCUGGGAUUUCUCCUUAUCGGUUACGAUAAUGGCCUCAUGGGCGGGCUCGUCAACUCCAAUUCCUUCACCAACACUUUCAGCCACCCUUCCCCCACCAUCACUGGCCUAAUCGUCGCCAUCUACGAUGUGGGUUGUUUCCUUGGCUCUGUCUUGACUGCCUUGUUCGGCGAAUCUAUCGGACGCAAGAAAUCCAUCCUCAUUGGAGUCAUAAUCAUGAUCAUCGGGGCCGUGCUGCAAGCAAGCAGUUACGCUCGCACCCAGAUGAUUGUGGCCCGAGUAGUGAGCGGGAUGGGAAUGGGGUGGAUUAACAGCACUGUGCCUGUGUUCCAAGCGGAAUUUAGUCCCAAGGCUACAAGAGGAUUAUAUGUAUGCAUGCAGUUAUCUACGCUGAACUUGGGAAUAUUCCUAGCAUACUGGAUCGAUUACGGCUUCACCCAAUCCUAUAGCUCGUCUUUCGCCUGGCGCAUCCCAUGCAUUUUACAAUGCAUGUUCCUCUUCCCUAUGCUCGCUCUACUACCCCUCGUUCCCGAGUCCCCGCGUUGGCUAGCUUCGCACGCUGAAGCCAGCUCCUCCCUCUCGGUCCUGCAACGUCUACAUUCAUACCACCGCACCGACGACGAAGUUACUUCCCUACAUACGAAUAUUAUCAAGACCGGUGAGUACGAGAGAUCGCUUGGCACAGGAAGUUGGAGAGAGUUAUUACAUAACGAUGAAAUACAAUCCCAGCGCCGCUUCCUCAUCGCAUGCGCAAUCCAGUCAUUCCAGCAGCUAGGCGGAAUAAAUGCCCUGAUAUAUUAUUCCAACACGCUCUUCAAGAAUUCACUGAAUUUUUCCGAGCAUCUAUCAGCGUUAAUGUCAGGGUUUCUACAAACAUGGUUCUUCGUCGCUUCAUUCAUUCCCUGGCUGCUCAUCGACCGUGUAGGACGACGUCCGCUACUCCUUUCCUGCAUAUCUCUCAUGGCAGCAACAAUGGUCGUGCAAACGGGCUUGAUAUACAAUGUCCAGAACAAUACGUCUAUUGCCAGAGGAUGUGGAAUCGGUGCAGCAGUCAUGCUGUUUUUAUUUGAAGGUUUCUUCACCAUCGGCUUCCAAGCAACGGUGUGGGUCUACCCGUCUGAGAUUCUUCCCUUGCGGUUGCGAGCCCGAGGAAGUGCUGUGUCAACGGCGUGUAAUUGGAUAUUCAAUUAUAUGAUUGUGCAGAUCACGCCAAUUUCUCUUGAUAGGAUUGGAUAUCGUACAUAUAUAAUAUUUGCUGUGUUGAACACGGCCUGGCUUCCGUUCAUUUACUUUUUCUUCCCAGAAACGAAGGGAUUGGAGUUAGAGGAUGUGGAUAGGCUUUUUAUGAAGGGGGAUGAGGCUAGGAUGGGGCUGGAAGUGGGGAUGUGUGGGAGUACGGUAUCUGAGCAUGCGAAGUUUGAGGAUACUGGUCGAUGA